UCUGUGCGUCUCCGGUGCCGUGGAUCAUCCCGUCCAGAGCGGGCGCUGUGCGAUCCGAGCACCGCGGCUCUUUGUCGGAUGGAUGUCGUCGCGGUGGUUCAGCUCCAGCUCCGGCCUCCCGUGGUGUCCAUUGAAAGUCGGAAGUUGAGUUUAAUAGUUAGUGAAACUUGACAAAAUGGCAGAAGACAACAGCUAUGAGUCAAUGCUGUGUGUAAAGCCCGAGGUCCAUGUUUAUCGGAUCCCGCCGCGGGCCUCGAACCGCGGAUAUCGCGCUGCUGACUGGAAGCUGGAUGAACCAGCGUGGAGCGGUAGGAUGAAAAUCACAGCUAAGGGCAAGAUGGCCUACAUUAAGUUAGAGGACAGAAACACAGGAGAGUUGUUUGCCCAAGCUCCGGUCGAACAGUAUCCAGGGUGUGUAGUCGAAGCAGUCACAGACUCCAGCAGGUAUUUUGUGAUCCGGAUAGAGGAUGGAAAUGGACGUCAUGCUUUUAUUGGUCUGGGUUUUGCCGAUCGUGGAGACUCGUUUGACUUCAACGUAGCUUUACAAGAUCAUUUUAAGUGGGUGAAGCAAGAAGGCGAACUCGCAAAAAUGGAAGCUACUCAAAGCGCCGCACCAAAGCUGGACCUCAGCUUCAAAGAAGGACAGACUAUCAAGAUCAGCAUCGGGAAUAUCAAGAAGAAGGAAGCAGGUGGUGCCAAAGCACGGCCUAUGGGUGGGGGGCUGCUCCCACCUCCACCAGGUGCAAAGGCCGGAGGUUUGAUGCCACCUCCGGUGGGACAGCAGACAGUCCCAGCUGUACAGACGAACACAGCCGCUCUUUUAGACUUUGGCUCCUCCGUCCCUGCAGCCCAGCCCAGCUCUGACUUGUGGGGCGAUUUCACAUCUGCAGGCUCCAACUCCAGUAAAGAUGCUGUCAAACCAGGAUGGGUGCAGUUUAGUUGAGUCGUGAGAAAACGUUGCACACACUCAGGUUCCAUACAUUCCAUGGACAGGACGAUUGUGGCAGAAAGAAACGUAAAAAAAAAAAAAGAGAGAGAGAGAGAGGAACUGUUAGUCAAACUUGACCGGCUCAUUCACUGCACCUGUUCUGUAAAGAAUCUGUUCUCUUAGGCCGCUGACCAACACAACACACUCUGGAGGAACAAACAGUAACAUGUACAUAUUUUUUUUUUUUACAAUCGUAUUCUCUUCAUGCAGUGGGACUUUGUCUUUUAUUUUUCAUCGUUAAUCUCAAAAUCAGAUUUGAUUGUGUCCCUCUGUUCCUCAUCUUUACAACCUCAUGCUCCUGUCAUACAGUUAUCUCAUUACACCAGCACCACUCAUCUCAAAGUUUUUACAUAUGGGAAAGUUCAAUGAUUUACCUGUUGGAAGUAUCCAUGUUUUGUUUGGCUGUAUACCAGUAUGUGUGUGUUGUUUUCUCUUUCCUAGUGUUGUUGUUUUUUUUUAGGAGAUCUUGCAAAGCUAUAUUCAUAUUUUGAUUAUUAGUUUUACAUUAAACCUCUUAAGCCUUCGUGAAAAAAUUUCAGAUUUUUUCAAAUCAAAACGUUGGGGUGGGGAAAAAAAAAAAGUCAUGAUUGCCAUUUUGUCUGUCGUUCAAAGUGUGAACAUGCUUUUGUUGGUUUGUUCAUGUUUGUCUUUGUGUACGCUCUCCGUGUGUCCGUCGGGUCUCUUUUUUUUAAAUGUGCCUUUUACCAAAUUGAAAUUUCCUUAAUCUUUUUGCUAAUUUGCAUUGAGUAUUUGAUUAAGUGCCUUUCUGAAAAAGUGUAUAAAUGUAUGUCGUCUUGUAAAUAAACAGUAUAUUUCA